GAAAGUCAUUCAGAUCGCUUCUUUCCUGGUUUUCUGCGACGGUUGAUGUAGUGGUUGAUCUGCGCGCUAUAUAUAUUAUCAGAAAACAAUAUUGAGUGUUUUUUGUUGUUGUUGUUGUUGUUCGGGGACAAAAGAUGACACCACGGGAAGUAUUAUGCAUCCUCGCGGUGUUGUUGGUAACACAAACCGCCGCCAUAAUCAGAGUCCCGCUCCAUAAAACCAGAAGCCUGCGUCGCCUGAUGAAUGACAAUGGGAAGACUGUGGAGGAACUUCUGACUUUAGCAAAGAGCACCGGAGCGCCGAACAGCCUGCCCUCCCCACAAUUGCCCGUAGAGAGGCUGACCAACUUCAUGGAUGCCCAGUACUAUGGGGUGAUCAGCAUCGGGACCCCUCCUCAGGACUUCACUGUGCUCUUUGACACUGGCUCCUCCAACCUCUGGGUCCCCUCCAUUCACUGCUCUUUUCUUGAUGUGGCCUGCUGGCUCCAUCAUCGCUACAACUCCAAGAAGUCGAGCACAUACGUCAAGAACGGCACAUUAUUCUCUAUCCGGUACGGCAGAGGCAGCUUGUCUGGCUUCAUCAGUGAGGACACUGUCUCUGUUGCAGGUCUGCCCAUUCCUAAACAACAGUUUGGUGAAGCGUUGAAGCAGCCUGGCAUCACAUUUGCAGUGGCACGGUUUGACGGGUUGUUGGGCAUGGGGUACCCAUCAAUAUCAGUGGCAAAUGUUACCCCGGUGUUUGACACAGCCAUGGCUGCCAAGCUGCUUCCCCAGAACAUCUUCUCUUUUUACAUAAGCAGAGACACGACUUCAGCGGUAGGAGGGGAGCUGAUGCUGGGCGGGACAGACCCCCAGUACUACACUGGAGACCUACACUAUAUCAACGUGACAAGAAAAGCAUACUGGCAGAUCAAGAUGAACGCAGUUGAAGUUGGCAACCAGCUGACUCUCUGCAAAGCCGGUUGCCAGGCGAUUGUUGAUACGGGAACCUCCCUGAUGGUCGGACCCGUGGAGGAAAUCAGAGCGCUGAACAAAGCCAUCGGAGCUCUGCCCCUGCUGAUGGGAGAGUACCUAAUUGAUUGUAAGAGGAUCCCAACACUCCCCGUCAUCUCCUUCAACAUCGGAGGGAAGAUGUUCAACCUGACUGGAGACGAUUAUGUCAUGAAGGAGUCUCAGAUGGGGUCGUCAAUCUGUCUGUCGGGCUUCAUGGCGAUGGAUAUCCCCCCUCCGGCCGGACCCCUGUGGAUUCUUGGCGACGUGUUCAUCGGAAAGUACUACACUGUGUUCGACAGGAAUGCUGACCGCGUGGGGUUCGCCCCUGCCAAGUAGUUCACUGAACAGUUGUACAUUUCAUCAUUCAUUUUUAAUUUCUUUGAUUUGCCUCAAUCAAAAGCAUUUGGUCUUACGGUUGUCGCGUGUCACUGCGGAGCUGGGCUUGCCACGGAAAAGAUUCUUUCUGAGAGAGGCUGGUUUCUAAUGAGCAGGUGUGGGUGCUACAUUAAUAGCAAGGAGUGGUGCAGUGUGUUGCUGCCACUGAACUAAGGAACUGAUUCACUUGGUUUCUUUCACGUCAACUUUUCAUUUUCAUUUGUUUUUCAGCUGUUUUGUUCUUGCUAAUUUGUAUGCUUUGGGGGUCGCACCCAACAUUUAUUUUUUUUGCUAUGGAGUCACAAUUUCAUUUUAAGCCUAAUAGGACCGUAUUAUUGGGCUGCUUCUGUACACAGAUCUCUAAGGAUGUUUCUUUUUAAAUAAAUCUGUACAUUUUAAUGCCAAAUAAAACUUAAAACAAA